GAAUGUGUUAUAGCCUGCUAAGUUGGUCUGUUGCAUUGUGUAUGAACAUGUGAACCUGACAUAACUUUAGACUUAUGAUUUGGAACAUAGGUUGUUGAGGUGUUUUUGGUUUUUUAACAGAGAAUGCAAUUUUUUUCUUUCUCUCUUAAUUUCUUUUGCAUAGCAAUAACUUUUUCUUAGGCUUAGCCAUCUCCUUCCCUCCCUCCUUUCCCCUGCUGUUCCCCUGCCCCCUCAAUUUUUAGAAAUGUGGGAAGCAACAGAUAGUGGUUUAGGUGGCUUUUUUGGUGGAGGAGCAGGGAGAACUAGGGCUUUGUGGGAGGGAGAAGGGAAGUCCUGCCGCGCAGUUACUAGUGCAUGGUGAAUUAGCUCAGUAACACCAGCCAUCUGGUAGAGUCAGCUCGCUAAAUUGAUAGCAGCGGUAAUUUUUGCUAGGCUGUUUUUUUGUUUGUUUGUUUGUUUAAUUCUGCUACAGAAGUUGCCUGUAGGUAACUCUUCUGCUGUUGGUGAAUGUUGUCUGUUUUAAAAAUAUAAUUUGGGGGGUUUACUUACUAAGCCACUGCUGUAGUUCAUAAGGUAGCAGCCUGCUAGCUUUCACCUCAUGCUUCCUUAGGUCUGUGGUCCCUUAGCUUGUAACAUAAAAACAGAGGUUUGUUCCUUAAGGCAAAAACAUACUGAAGCGAACCCUUUUCUUUCUUUCAUGUUGUGUAUCAUUUUGGCUGAGGCCAGGGGUUUGGGUUUGGGAUGGGGGGAAGGGGAUUGCUCAGGAAAAUAAAGACAGGAAAAAGCUUACUCGUUCUAUAUAAAUAGAUAAUGUAAUCACAGAGUAAAAUACUUUUGGAGUACAAAAUCCCAGUGACAUUAUGUGAUGGCGGGAGGUGAUUGAUUGGGGAUGAGAAUGAGAAGGCAAGUUUGCUAUAUAAAAAGGCAGUGUUUAGAGCAAGCAUGCUUUGGAAGUACUGUAAGAGGAGCUACAGCUGCAUCUCGAAUACACCUGAUCUUCCUCUUAGAUCUGCACUUGAUUGAAGGGGAAUGCUAUCUUUCCACUGUACAAAUUUAGAGGAAUCUACAUAGAUGUUCUUUGUGCGGUCAGACUUACUGAUCAGAGAGGCUUCACACCUGAAGCUGUGUUUGAUGCCCUUGGUAUGUAGAUGGCUACAGGUGUCACCAGUGGUUAGGGGAGAGUGGGAUGCAGAAAUCUGAGAGGAAUGGGAGCAAGAAGGAGCUGCUGUUUUCCUUCUAUCUUAUCUCCUGGCUAUAAUGAAACUAGAAGACUGAAGUCAUGCAUGAAGUCAAGAGAAAGAGUAUGCAGUUGUUCAUUAUUUUUUAGUGGUUAAUGUCCUUUUUCUUACCCUUGAUGCUUUUGUAAUAGCUAGGUAGAAUGUGAUUUUAUACUUCCAAUUCAGACUAGAAAGCCUAAGGUUUGGUAUAGGUUAUUCUUGUCAAGAUACCUCUUUCCGUGGGAUUUUACUUAUUUUGCUUACAGUAAAAAGUUACACUUCUACAAUCCUUAGCAUAGGUAUGAUUCUGUCUUUAAGCAAUACUAUUUUAAAUGGUUUUGUUGCUGCAGAGGAAAAAUGAAGUGCAUGUAGCUGCAGGACAUUUGUAUUGAUCAAUUAAAAUGUAGAUAGUUGCAUUAAGACGCUUUGCUUUUCACAGAAGAAUAAGAGAUUUGCCAGGCUUGUUACCUUGCUCCGUAGCUUAGGCAGGUAGUUCAAAAAAUACUUCCCAUCCUGCCUUUGAGCAGACACACUCAGAGGUAAAAUCCAGACAAACUAACCUGCAUCUUCUCAGAAACACUAUUUUUUGUUACCCCUGUGCUAUAAGCAUCUGUUAAAAUAGCCCCCCCUCCCCCCCCAAAAAAAAAAAAUCUACUCCAAAAUUUGGGUUGGUGUUAGGGCGAGUUUUGGAAAGGUCAAACAAUCACUGUUUCUAGUGCUCUUUCUAGUCUUAGUAUCAGUCUCUGCUGAACUCAUCACUGCUAUGAGGCAGCUUUGAUAGUGUCUUUGGAUCAUGGAACUUACUAACAGCCUCAGAACAGCUCUGUUUAUCCUAAGAAAAAUGAGAACAACCCAACCUUGCAACUACAGUUGCUGCAGUUGACCUUUCGGGUGGUCUGUAUUGGAAUUGCUCUUCCUUGAAAUAUUCAGACUCGUGUUAAGCAAGCCUCAACCUUCUGGACUAAUACAGCUGGUGGAGAGAGCAUCUUUGCCAUUGACUUGUCUGUGAUAAUAGAGAGCAAGCCUGGUAAACCUCUUCAGAGGAAGCAUCUUCUUCUGGGCAUUUUAGAAGCAUGCUCUGUUCCCAAACCUGCAUUUCCUCCCUGCACAGUUCAGUGGGAUUCUAAAGACGAUUCUGUGAGAUAGCGGAGGCAGGGAUUUGGGGGUUGUGGGAAAGCUUUAUCCUGUUGCUAGUAAGUGUUCCUCAGUACUCUUCAGAGAGUGAAGAGCCUUAUAACAUGGAGACAGCUGUCUCCUCAAGCUAUGAGAUGUGUGUGUAUACUAAGUAUACUUAGUCACUAGCCCUGUACCUUUGGUUUUCAGAUGUUGUUAGUAUGCCCUUCUAGAGUUUUUCAUUUGAGGCUAAUAACUUUGCAAUUCUACUGUUUCAAGCUCUUUGUUCCUCAAAGCUUAAGGUCAGCUCUGCUUCCAGCUGAAAGAGGAAGCAAAUGUGUAAACAAGCCUUUGUAAAAACAGAAUCUUGCCCAAGACCAUUAGCUGUCAAGGGCUUUGAACAUCUGGCAGAGAGACGGCAGUAACCCACUACCCUUCUGUGAAAGAGUGGUGUUUCAGUAGAGAGCAGCUUUGACUCCACCAUGACGAUGCUAGUUGAACAACAGACAUCUCUCUUCUGUCUUAAUCUUAGUUUUGACAAGCCUUCAUUUUACAAAGGAACAUCUUACCACCCAUUCGGGGUCUCAUCUCUAGUCCUUCUGCACUAUGGAAGGCAAUUGUUAAUUAGUAAUUGUAGCCAUCUAGCUGAGGAAACUAGAAGCAAAGCUUGCCUGUAUUCAGACAAUGGACUUUUUCAAGUGUGAAGACCUCAGGAAGGGGGAACUUAAAAAUGCCUGUCCCUCUGCCUUCUUGGACCACUGGCUUGAAAGUAGUCAGGGAAACAUCCCUAGAUUUUGCCUGUUCUUUGCACAGGGGUGGUUUGAAAUUAGUAUCAGUUUCUACUGAUCAGAUAAAUUCCAGUGCACCCACUUGCCCUCCAUCAGUUUUGCCAUCUGUACCUCUUGGCAGCUGUACCUUAGCAAACUUCAGGAUUUGUCAUCUGCUCAGGAAUGUUUCCCUCAUCUGGCCAGAGGUCAGAUGUAUCCAUCCAGCAUGUAAACUCUCCUUGCCGCUACUCAAAAGAAACUAUCAUGAAAAUGUGGUGAGGUAAUUUGACAGCUAAAGCAUUAGCCCAACAAACCAUGCCUAUCUAAAAGCAAAACAACCUUGGAGAUAAAUCAUAGUUACUGUUUUGUAUCCUUUUGGCCUUUGGGAUUUUUUGACAUACUGACUUGGCAGCCUUGUAACUGGUGCACAGAUCUAGGGAAGGCCUUUCCUAAAUGGGCACUUGUGGAAUUAGACUUGUUUGCCACCAGCUGAAACAAACUCCAAACGUUCUACUUAAGGGUACUGGUCUGGGACAUAGGUUUUUCUCAUUCCCUGGACACAGAUGUCAUCUUUCCCCCAGAGCUGCCCUGAGAUACUGUAAAUCCUGGGGAAAAAAUGCAAUAAAGGAGAAAAUAAGAUAAUUGUAGUCCAAGUUAAUAAGUUCUGGCAUGUGGCUAUGAUGGACCCUCCAAGUGAGCUGCAUCACAAUUGCUCCACUGAAGAGCCUAAUCUUGCAAGCAACAUUUACAACCGACAUCUAGUUUGUGUGUGUUUUCAAGCGCUGAUGGAGCUUGAAUGAACCUUUCGUAAAGAAUUCAGCCCCAGAUAAUAUGUAAGAUUUCUGUUAUUUCACAAAACCCCUUCUUUGCUUAACAAAAAAUUUUAUAGGGUGUUUUAAUUUAUGAGGCAGCUUUGAAAGACAUCAAAAAUUUUGGCUUAGAAAUCUUCAAGUAAUGUGAGUGUGGCACUUCUUUCUGUCAAGCAUUGUGCAGCCUCUUGUGGUACAUAGUAUUCUUGUAGUCAUUACAUUUCUAAAAUAGGAAAUACAGGAACACGUAGCAAAACAGGAGGGUGAGACUUCUGACUGGUUAAUUGCGACAAGUUGGUGACAGAGAGAUCAAGGAAAAUUCCACUUGCAGACAGACUUUCUUCUCAGUGCUGGAUGCUAUUAGGGUUUUUCUGGUUUGUUUUAUUUUCUUUUUAAUCUUAUCUGUUGUCACAGAAACUGUCUUUCAUGAGAAUCUUUGGUACAACUUCCUAAAUGCUUUUAAGGGUAUAGCUGUCAGAUGUGUUUCCUUGAGAAGCAGUUCCUGACACACUGUGACUGUACAAAACUGAAGUCUCUUUACCCGGUGGUAGCUAUCUGCAUUGCUUAAGGCAACGCUGCUGGUGAAAGACAACCAUGGAUAAAACCAGAAGAAUCGACAGAACUGCAAAGAAUACUCUGGCGAAAGCACUAUAUGACAACAAAGCCGAGUGCUCAGAUGAGCUGGCCUUCCGCAAAGGAGACAUCCUGACAGUUCUUGACCAAAAUGUCAUUGGCAGUGAGGGCUGGUGGAAAUGUUCCCUCCAUGGGAGACAGGGCCUGGCUCCUGCUAAUCGCCUCCAGCUCCUUGCUGGCUCUCAGGCAGACCUGCCACCUCCUUCCACCCAGAGCGACACCACCGAACUGCCAGCUGGCCAGCAAAACAUUUACCAGGUUCCCUCCGUUCCCAAGUCUACCACAUUGUCGUCUACAUAUGAAAAGAUGGACGGGUGGGUUAAAUCACCAGCUAGGAUCUCUACUCUACCUGCCCAAGGAAUAUAUCAGGUACCAGCCUUGGCUGCACAGCUGCUCAGUGAAAGGACCCAAAGCUCAACAAAUCAGCACCUGCUUACUCUUCCGAGAGCAUGCCGGGCUUCAGUCCCAAAUAUCAGACAUGAGGUAUAUGAUGUUCCCUCAACGCUGCGCCGAGAGUCCUUGUUCACGCAGAGCGGUGCCACUCCACCCACAAGAAGAAAGGGGUCUGCGCUCUUUGGAUCCACUCAGUGUUUCCGGGAAGAGCCGAACCAGCUUUACGACAUCCCGUCCAGCCCAGAAAAGGCAGGGACUAUUAUCCAGAAAGACUCCCCAGUGAGCAAUUUAUAUGAUGUCCCUCCCAAAAGAGAACCUGAUGUUUCAGAAAAUGGAUCUCAGAAAAAGUACUGGGGCCAUUACAAUACCUUGCCAAAUCCUCGUAAGUCAGAAUGGAUUUAUGAUAUUCCAGUAUCACCAGAAAAAAAAGGAUUAAAACAAAGCCCUCCUGGCCAUUCCUUGGAGAACCAGGUGCUGUAUGAUACACCACCAGCCAGGUACAGGGCACCGACAUCAAAUACGGAAGCCAAAGUUGUAAAUCCACAAUUAUAUGAUAUUCCACCAACACAAAACAAAGCAGUGCUUCCAGAUCUCCCUCUUUAUGAUGUUCCGUCUUCACGGGACACGUUUGUUUUGCGACAAAAUGGUAGCCAUGAUGUACCCCCAAGUCUCCUGGCUCCAAAGGCUGAGAAUCAGAUUUCUGAAGUGAAUGUUUAUGAUAUUCCAAAAGCUAUGCCUACUGCUUUGCAGUGCAGGAAGGAGAUGGGAAAAAGCAACAACAGUUCUGGAGACGAAGCAUACCAUGUUCCUCCACAGCUCUCGAGAGAUGUAAAAUUAGAACAGGACAGAGUAUCUCUUUCUAGUGUGGAUAGUAGAAACAGCACUACCUCUACAUCCUCAGACUCUUCUGCUGAGUCCUUUUCUGUGUCAUCAUCAGAAGAGCCUGUCAAGGAAAUCAAAGUGGACCUUGAGGUAGCCAUAGAGACAUUGACUAGAUUGCAACACAGUGUAUCUAGCUCAGUUGCAAGUUUAAUGAUCUUUGUGAGCAGUAAAUGGAGAUUACAAGAACACCUAGAGAAAAACAUUGAAGAAAUCCAUAGAGCAGUCGAUCACAUAAAAGUAUCGAUGGGAGAAUUCCUGGCCUUUGCUCAGGCCAUAAAGGUAAAUGCCUCUUACCUUACUGAUAAUAACCUUCAGACCAGAAUUAAAAAACAGCUAGAAAUUCUUGCGAACUCAUUCCAAAUCUUAACAGAAACAAGAGAAGCAUUAAACAACUGCAACUGGUUGCUUGAGGUGUUGGUUAUCAAGAAACCUCAGAACAACCCAGAUGAUCUUGAUCGCUUUGUUAUGGUAGCUCGCACAAUUCCAGAUGAUAUUAAGAGAUUUGUAUCCAUCAUCAUUGCCAAUGGAAAGCUUCUCUUCAGAAAGAAGGACAAGGAACAAGAAAUGAAACAAUCAAAAAUGAACACAGAAUAUAAAAUGGCAAAACUAGUCACAUUGCCCAAAAGAAUAGAAUUAGAUUCACCUCAAAGAAAUGCUCCUGAUAAACCAAACCAAAGUCAAGUCUCUUCUGACAAAACAAAAGAAAAUGCCAUUGAGGACUGUGAUUAUGUUCAGCUACAGGCACAGAAAAUCCGUUCAGAUACAGAGGUAGCGAAGAAGAAUACAGAUUCAAAAACAAAGGUCCUGCCAUCUGCAAAAAGGAAUAUAAUUCAAAGCACGCAGGACUCUGCAAAGAAAAUAGCUCUUUCAGAACACUGUAGGCUGUGUUUUGGAGCACUUCACAAGGCAAUUGGUGUCUUUACAAAUAGUCUCAGCAAUAACCAGCCGCCUGAAAUCUUCAUAUCACACAGCAAACUGAUCAUUAUGGUGGGACAGAAGUUAGUGGAUUCUCUCUGCCAGGAAACUCAAGAAAAAGAUGUUCGUAAUGACAUUCUCCAUGGCAGCAGCCGAUUUUGUGGCCUACUGAAGAAUCUGGCUCUUGCCACCAAAAAUGCUGCAAUACAAUAUCCAAAUGCAGAUGCAAUGAGGGGACUUCAGAACCAAACUGAUGAGCUGUCUAAAUACAUGCAGCAGUUCAGAGCAACAAUGGAAUGAAAGAAACUUCACUAUUUUUAGAAAUAUUUGUGAAAACUUGAAUUUCUCCGUUGUUACAAUUCUCUCUUCAGUCUUUUGGUAUUUGGCAGUCAAGGAGGGCCAAAGCAGCUCCAGGAGGCCAACUUCCAGUCAGCGCUGAGAAAUCCUGCUGGGCAGCUCCCUCGGGUACUGAUGCACUUUCAGCAGAUGAAGACCCCACAACAGCAGACUCUGUGCCCCAGAAGAGGAUUUGUAGAAUUAAAGCUAUACUUUCUUCUCCACCGGUCAAACUCUGCCUGGAAACCAAUUCUUCUUACUGUCCUGACAAGAAUGUUUGCUGCAUAUUGGAGCAAAAUUAUUAUAGUAUCUGAGUCUUUAACAUUUCCAAAAACAGCAGAUAAAUAUAUUUUUCUAUUUUUUUUUUCUAUUUGGGUAUAUAAGGUCUCUUUAAAUUUUGCGGCAUAUUGAUCCAUAAAUUAUGACACAUUGCUAUGCGAAACUAUCAUCAACUGUUUCUAGAAGACUGUACUCAAAUUUUGUAAUUACAUUUUUUUUAUUAAAUCCACUUUGCAGUUGUUUAAUGUAUAAAUGCAAUGACUGUGUUACAGGACAAAAUCUGGCAGGUACUAGGCAAAGCAGAGAUAUCAAUCAGAAAUGCUCCAGCUGAGCACAGGAGGAAAAGGGACUUGAAGGAGUUCUGCCUCUCAAUAAAUCCAGGGGGAAACAGCCUCAGUGGUCUUCAUUCACAGGCUGAAGCAUUUCAACGUAGUGCUUCAACUGAAAAAAAAUAAACUAACUGCAGUCACUAAAAA